UGCAUGCACCAUCCACGAUCUCUUGGGGCUGAGGGAUGAGGCUGAACAAGCCUUUCAGCUGAACACUUCCCACUAUCUCUUUUAAGAACAAUUCUUCCAGCACAUUAAUUCUCCUGACACACAGAGGCAGAAGCUAUGCCUCCAUUCUCUUACGACCAACCCGCUCCAGAAGGAGACGAGUCGUCCUAUGAUAUUCCCCCUGUAUCACGAUCAAUCAUGCAACCCCCCUCAGAUCUUAAGAAGCGCACGGCAGGCAAAGCAGGAUGUAAUACCUGCAGAAAACGAAGAGUGAAGUGUGAUGAGACGAAACCCAGCUGCGUGAGAUGUAGGAAAUUCGGGAGAGUAUGUAGCUAUUGGCAAUUCUCUGAAGAUCCUCUCCCUGCACCGCCGGCCGACGUUUUCGGUGACGACGGCGACGACAAUGAAGAACAACCGGAGGCUGCUGCAAGAAGAGACAAUUUUCCCCUCGAAGAUAUAGACAAUCCUUUAGCGCUUGGAGCGAGCGCAGGCUUGCAGAUAUCUGGACCUGCUCGAUUGCGUGCAAUGUCCGAUGGUGGUCCUCCAGAGCGCCCCUCCCCCCAGAAACCUCCCCUCCGAGGUUUAGGUUACCCGAGUUCGGAAUCUGUCAACAUAUUGGAUCAAGAAAAGGUUUCCACUCCGGAGCGCAUAAGCCCACCGGAAAGGGGUAUAACCGGGGGGGGGGCCGCGGUGAGGCUCGCAUACUCAUCGGCUUCUGUAAUGAUUUUCGAAAAGCAUACUCGGAUGGCAGCCAAGGGGCUUCUCGUCACCUAUCAGAUCUGAAUGAAAAAGUCGAAGAGCUUCAAGCAGUUCUUGAACAGCUUGAAGACAUAUUACAGGAUGGCAAGCUCUACACCAAGUACGUUGAAAUUAAACUCGAAGAUUGUAAGAGGGUCUUCGAAAGACACCCUGUGUUCCUCAAAGCGCCUGGCGAACGAAGUACGUGGGAGAAGUACAACUCCACUGCCGAGUAUGCCGUUU